AAUUUAUAUAUUAACCUUUUGUGAUCAGAUGGCCACGUACUUGGGUUUCUGUGUACUUGUGACCAUGCUUAAACUUGCGAUUGCAUUUGCAAACACCCCAGACACCUUCAACGAAUCAGCAUGCGGUGAAAUAUCUGUAGGGUUUGGCACAUACCAAGACAUCUGCCCUGAGGCAGAGCCCAUCAUCUUCUCCUGGGUCGAAAAGGCUGUCGCCGAGGACCCCAGAAUGGCUGCCUCCCUGCUUCGUCUCCAUUUCCACGAUUGUUUCGUUAAUGGGUGUGAUGCUUCGGUGUUGCUAGAUGACACGCAGAAUUUUGUUGGAGAAAAAACUGCAGCUCCGAACUUGAAUUCUCUGAGGGGGUUUGAAGUAAUAGACGCCAUUAAGUCAGAGCUCGAAUCUGUUUGCCCUCAAACCAUUUCUUGUGCUGACAUCCUUGCAACUGUUGCCAGAGACUCUGUUGUUCUGUCUGGCGGACCAGCUUGGGAAGUCCAAAAGGGGAGGAGGGACAGCUUGAGUGCAAGCAAAGCAGCAGCAAACAACAACAUCCCAAGCCCAAACUCGACCGUCGCAACCCUCGUGGCCAAGUUCGAGAAUGUUGGCCUUGCGCUCAACGACAUGGUCGCCCUCUCCGGUGCACACUCAAUCGGCAAAGCCCGAUGCCCAACAUUCAGCGCUCGACUACAAGGAACCAACCAAAAUGGCCCGGAUAAUAAUCUUGAUUUUGUUGCCUCACUUCAGCAGCUAUGCUCAGGAUCAGAUAGCAACAGUGCACUAGCACAUCUUGACCUGGUAACCCCGGCCACAUUUGAUAACCAGUACUACAUUAACCUUCUUUCCGGACAGGGAUUGCUUCCGUCCGACCAGGUUCUUGUCGGCGGUGGCGAACAAACGCGUGAAAUAGUUGAAACCUAUGCGGAAGACCCAUUUGUGUUCUUUGAGGACUUCAAGAUUUCUAUGCUGAAAAUGGGCAGCUUGGGGGUUCUAACAAGGUCCAAUGGUGAGAUUCGCAAGAACUGUAGGACUACUAAUUAAUAAUAACUUAGCUUUAUAUUUGAAUAAACCUCGUAUAGAGGGCGUCGUGGCAUGCCCACGCUUUGCUAUAGGAUAUGCUUAUUUCCUUUAGAGAAGUAUUAAUCAAAUAGAUGCCUGCCAUAGUCAUCCCAAUUUGAUUAUAUUUUGCUUUCAAAUCAUUCGUUUUUCUUGGCCAGAAUUGAUUG